AUGUCCAUGUUCAAAGGGAUGCUGAUAAAGUCUUCCGAGCGAAGCACCAAGGGGAAGAACCCCAAUGCGGGGAAGGGGAGCUCUGCGAAAGAGGCACAAUUGGCGAGGGGAAGCAGCACGCUGAGCUCGAAGAGGGGGGAUUCGUAUCUGGACUUGGAAGACCUGGCGCCCAGCUACAGCAGCAGUGUGGCGGCUACUGAUAAAGGCGGGAACCAUGUCCAGGGAGACGAAGCGGUUACAUUACCCCUUCACGGGGAUAAGGACGAAGAGGGGAGUUUCGAACGUCCAAGCGGUUUUUACAAAAUUGCACAAAUUGGAAAUACCCCCUGGUGUGGCAGUUACGAACGAGGCAGUAACAACAACGAGUCAGCAAAUGGGAUGAAACGCAGCAGUUGUAGCCACCCGAACUGGAGUGAUUCCAGAAAUGAAUUCUCAAGUGAACCAUAUGAAGGGUAUCUGGAAUGCGCACAAAGGGAAGUAACAAAUCGAAGCGACAGUGCCAUUUCCCCAGAGGAGGGAAAGCGUCACAUAGAGAACUUCCCUGAGCAGAUAUUAAACCCGUUGAAUGACCUCUUAACCCUCAUGCGAGAUUUUUUCAUGACGAACCCAAAGCAAUGGAAUAAAAACAAGGUGAAAAGAAUUUUGGACGAAUUGACCCAAAAUAAAAUCCACCAAAAUGUACUAAUCGUUGUGUACUACUUUACAUACGAGGCGUAUGCAAAUAGAGUCCUCCUAAACUUGAAGGAAGAAUACAACUGCGAUUUGCUGAUUCACAAAUUUUUUGGGAAAAUCCAUAAGAUAAGGAAAAAAAGAAAGAAAUGUAAAGAAGAGGAAAAAGUCCUCAUCAUAAAUGAAAAGCUAGACACAGCUCAUGAAAUGCAAAAACAAAUAUUCACCUACAAUUUGGAGUUAUCGAAUAUCGAAAAUUACAUUACUGAUUUAUUUAGGAAAAAAAAACAAAGGAAGAUCAUACAAAAGGAGGAGGACAUAAAAACUGAGGAGGAAAAUAUAAAAGCGAAAGAACGAAGUGUAGAGGAAUCCAAAGAGGAACUAAACAAAGCUGAGCAAGUUAUAUCCUCCACGUAUGAAAAACAGUUACACAAAAUUGACGAAGAAAUUGACGCCCUUGAUCGAAACAUAAAAGAGCUCGAAGAAAUUAUUACCAUUAAAAAAUCGCAAAGGGAAGACGCCAUAAGGAGAAAGAAACAAUUAGAGAAAGAGAGAGAAACGGAAAUGAAGACCCUUCUGCAGAAACAGUCAGAUUUAAAUACCUCCAUUAAUUUUAUAAAAAAUACCACCUCCCUCAUGGACGAGAAAAAGAAAUUCGUCGAGGAUGAAAAGGAAAAAACAAAAAAAGUCGUAGCCCAGUUGAAGGAAGCCUAUCAAAACUCCUGUCAGAAGAAGAUCCAAACGAACCGCUUACUUUGCGAUUUAAAAAAUGUCGUUCGAAAUUUGUACAACUCGGAUGAAGAGUGCAAACACAUGUGUGAAGAUAAUUCAAGGAGGAAGUCCUUCGUGGGAAAUUAUUGCGAAACAACGGAUGGAAAGGGCACUUCCCCUGUGCGUGAUGAAAAUGCACACACCAUUAAUGCUACAGCGACCAAAGGACAGGAACAGGCGAGCCACCAUUUGGAUGCCUCCAAUUUGCUCAAAAAAAUAUUCCUCUUAAAAAAACACAUUUUCGACGUGGAAAAAAAUAUGAACAGCAUUAAGGGAAAAAAAAAACAACUCACCAUCGACAUCAGCCAAUUCAAUUGCGAAAUGGAUAACAUAAAUAUUAAGAAGGAAAACCUGAAGAAUAAAAAGAAAAUCCUUCUGAAGAAUAAAAUGCUAAGUGAAAUUAAGAACACCAUUAACGAGUUGGAGGAGUUGGACCAAACGGAGGAAGUCAUUUUGAAGCAGCUGGAGGAUGCGAAGGGGGACAUGAGCUUGUUAAGGAAGGACCACCUUCGGAUGAAGGAACAGAAGGAAGCACUAAAGCGCAGAUUAUUUCGCCAAGAAAGGAAGUUGCUCAAGCGGGAAAUACGUCACGUUCGGGGGGACCUCAAUCGUGACCAGGGGGCAGACAGUGUGGUAACUCCCCCAGCUGAUGAGGGCGUGGCCAACGGUGAGAGGGAUGACGUGGCUAGCGGUGAGAGGGAUGACGUGGCCAAGGGUGUGAGGGACGACGUGGCUAACGGUGAGCGGGAUGACGUAGCCAACGGUGAGAGGGAUGACGUGGUUAGCGGUGAGAGGGACGACGUGGCCAACGGUGAGAGGAACAACGUGGUAGCCUCCCCGGUGGAAGAAACCAACGAGGAGGAAGCCUUCCCAUUUUCCGAGGAAUCGGAGCAGUCAGAGGGGGGAGAAUCAAGUGCCGCCUUUAGUCAGAUGCUGCACCAGUUGGAGAAGAUAAGCGAAAACAGCGAAGAUGAGGAGGACCAAUAUAUGUGGAGCGACCAAGAGGAAGAAGACACCUCGCAGAGUGAUGAGGAAGAGGGGGAACGGGGAGGAGACGGCGUAAUCGGGGUAAGCGGCGGAACUGGUGAAAACGGCGAAACCGGCGGAACUAGCGAAACCGGCGGAGCGGAGACUCCCCUCCCAAGUGAUGGAGAAAAAAGUGGCCCAUCGGAGGACAACUCCGACAGUGGUGACCAUGGCGACGGGGCGGAAGUCGUUACAGAUGUUGUGACCAAUGGAGAGGAAAAAAACACAAGCGAUUCAUUCCCACGCAGUAAUACACACAGCAGAGAUCCACUAGACCAACUGGAAAAGUUCAAGCUGGAGGAGGGUCGUAUCUUCGAAAGGAUUUUAGAGAAAUACAAAAGCUUCUGCAAUUUGAGUGAAACUGUAGACCACCAUGUGUUGGAAAAAGAAAUUCGGCAGGUUUAUAGAGACAUAACAAGGGAGCAAACCAUUUUUAAAAACAAAAAAUUGCUCACUUUAAGAAAGAGAAAAAGAGUCCUAAGGAGGUACUACCAUUAUGUGUCGGACAAUAGUGAGGAGGAGGAUCUGAAUGGAUAA